AGGCGCGGAAGGGACUCAGGAGCGCGUGCGGCUUGGCAUGUCGGAGAGCCGCAGGAUAUGAACAUCACAUGUUGGAGAGCCAAAAGGCAGGCAGGUGCCUGCCGAGUCUUGGCAUAGGUGUCCUCCCAGGGACACCUGGAUCUGCCCCGCCGGACCCAGCAUGGUGACGGAGAAGGAAAUCGAGCUGAUCGGCAAGACCCUGGUGGACUCCGGCCGGCCCUUGAAGAGCCGGUUCCGGGCCCUCUUCACCCUGCGCAACCUGGGGGGGCCGUCCGCCAUCGAGUGGAUCAGCCGAGCCUUUGGGGAUGACUCCGCCCUUCUCAAGCACGAGCUGGCCUAUUGCCUUGGGCAGAUGCAGGACGAGCGAGCCAUCCCCAUCCUGCUCCAGGUGCUGCGGGACACCUCUCAAGAACCCAUGGUCCGGCACGAAGCAGGUGAAGCUUUGGGAGCUCUUGGGAACCCCGAAGUGCUCAGUGUCUUGAAACUCUACUCCAAGGACCCUGUUAUUGAGGUAGCCGAGACGUGCCAGCUGGCUGUGAAGAGGCUGGAGUGGUUCCAGAUGCACAAAGCGGAGCCCUCGACCGGCCCCUACAGUUCCGUGGACCCGGCCCCCCCUGCGCCAGAGGAGGAUGUGGGGAAGCUGAGGGAAGCCCUGCUGGACGAAUCGCGGCCGCUCUUCGAGCGCUACCGGGCCAUGUUCGCCCUACGGAACCUCGGGGGAGAGCCCGCCGUCCUCGCCCUCGCUGACGGCCUAAAGUUGGGCAGUGCCCUCUUCCGUCACGAGAUUGCAUACGUCCUGGGUCAGAUGCAGCAUGAGGCCUCCAUCCCACAGCUCACGGCUGCCCUGGAGGACGCAACUGAGAGCCCCAUGGUGCGCCACGAGUGCGCUGAGGCCUUGGGAUCCGUCGCCAAGGCUCCCUGCCUAGCCACUCUGCGGACGUACACCCAGGACAAGGAACGGGUGGUCCGGGAGAGCUGUGAAGUGGCCCUGGACAUGUACGAAUACGAGAACGGGGCGGACUUCCAGUACGCUGACGGGCUGAGCAAGCUGCAGGCCUCAGACUGAGGGGAGGGGGAGGUUGCUUGCCGCCGUCCCCUCCCUUGGCCGUCCCCCUCUCCCCGCUGAUGCCUGUCAUUCCACCAUCGCUUGCCGUUCCACGGUCCCAGUCUCCGCACAGGAGGCCAGCCUGAGUCAUUAAAUUAUUUCAGCUUU